AUGUCUGUACAAAAUAUAAAGGUUGCAGUUUGUGGAGCCGGUGCGGUGGGAAAAUCCUGUCUCACCAUUCAAUUUGUCCAGAAUCAAUUUGUAGAGGCAUGGGACCCUACGAUCGAGGACAGUUAUCAAAAAUCACUUAAAGUGAAUAACACUGUUGUGCAAUUAGACAUUUUGGAUACUGCAGGACAAGAUGAAUAUAAGGCAUUGAGAGAUGAAUAUAUGAGAACUGCGGAUGGAUUUUUACUAGUUUUUGACAUUUCUAAACCAAAGACUUUUGAGGAUUUAAAUGAAUUCCAUAAGCAAAUUGUUAGAAGCAAAGAUUGUGAUUAUCCUCCAAUUAUUUUGGUUGGAAAUAAGAUUGAUCUUCCUCCUGAAAAGAGAGCAGUUUCACGUCAACAAGCAGAAGAUGUUUGUGCAAAAUGGAAAAUUGAAUUUAUUGAAACAAGUGCUAAAACACGAACCAAUGUGGACGAGGCUUUCCAAAAGCUUGUCAAAACAAUUCUAAAGCAAAUGGAGAAAACAAAACCUGUAAAUACAAAUAAUAAGGAGAAACCAGAGAAGAAGCCUUGUAUUUUACUUUAA